UCUGGCAACCCUGGUGCUAGAUCCCUCUCGACAGUGCAAAAUUUGUUUACUGGCAUUUUAAUAUCCUUAAAUUUUGGGCCACAACGACUGACUCAUCAAUCAGAACCGAUGCCCGGAGCAACCAGAUGAGUGCCUGGACGAGCGGGCGACCGAAAUUUCGCACUAGCCACUCGAAUAACAAGGGAAACUAUGAGUUUGCACUACACGGAAUCGGAAUCUUCGCAGUCAGAGAGCAAAAUGGACAUCUCGGAGACGCCGACGGACUCCACGGGUGUCUCGCCGCUGGCGGACGAUGCGGUGUCCACUGCUCCUGAAAAGAAUAUCCUGGAAUUGGAGCAGGCAAAGGACCAUCAUGACAAGGUUGAGCUAGAGUUCAAGACGAGCUCCGCCCUGGACAAUAGAAUACUGCGUCCGGAGUUGCUCGCCCUGGACGCGAUGCCACAACGACACACCAUCGAGCGCACCCUGGCCAACAGUCAUCCCCUCAUGAUGUCGCCCACAAACACGGACUCCGAUUCCGAGCCCUUUCAGCUGAAGAAGCAGGAGAAAACGCCGCCGAGGAGCAACUUUCCGGACGUAGUGCCCGCCACGGAGACGGUGCAGGCGAAGAACUCCCUGAAUCAGGCACGAAACAAGCCGCAGGAUGCCAAGGUCAGCCUGCUGAGGGCCAACAGCCCGGACAUCCUGAGCAGCGAGUCGGAUGCGGAUGUGUCCCAGUACUUGGCCGCCGUGGAGUCCAACUUUCAGUCAGUCUCCCUGAUGCCCAAUGGCACUGGCAAGAAGACUAACAAGCGUAGCACCACUCUCCCUGGCGGCGAGGACAUAUCCAGCUUGGAUUCCAUCUCCAAUCACAGCUUCGAUGACGACGAGGACAUCGAGCACAAUCUGGCCUCCUUGAGUCCCUCAAGCUCGCUUAUCGAUGGCUUGGACGGCGAGGAUGACGACGACGAUUGCGAGGGUCCGGAGCUACUGCCCGACCACGAUGACGACCUGGAACUUGACCUGGAGUUCGGCCUGGCCACCACGCCCACACCCAAUGCACCGGCAUUGGGCACGGUUGCCUCCACUCUGCCACAAUAUACGGCUGCUGAGGAGAGACGUGACUCGCGGAACUGGCAAAAGAUCACUCUGCCGGAUGGACGCACCCGGGAGAUCGAUAUGCGUGUUAUAGAGCCCUACAAGCGUGUGCUGUCCCACGGGGGAUAUCUCAAAUCUGGCGGCCAGAACGCCAUAGUCAUCUUUUGCGCCUGCCACCUGCCGGAUAGGUCGAGGGCCGACUACAGCUAUGUGAUGGACAACCUGUUCCUCUACGUGGUCAAGACGCUGGAGCAGCUGGUCACCGAUGACUAUGUGCUGAUCUAUCUGCAUGGCGGCUCUAACCGGAGGAAUGUGCCGCCAUUUCCCUGGCUCAAGAGAUGCUACCAACUGCUGGAUCGCCGGCUGCGUAAGAGCCUGAAGCACAUGUAUUUGGUGCAUCCCACGUUCUGGAUAAAGUCGCUGGUGUGGAUGGCGCGGCCUUUUGUGAGCACAAAGUUCUGGCGCAAGCUGGUCUAUGUGAAGUCCCUGGAGGAGCUGGGCCUGCACGUUUCCGUGGAGAAGGCGGCCAUUCCGGAGAAGGUCAAGCAAUACGACGCCAAGCGGCACUGAGGCCCCAGACUUGUUUCACUCAAAACGCUAAUGCAAACGCAACGCAUUCAUGCCACACUCGCUACUCGAGCCUCUGCAUUCCCCAUCUUCAAUACGGACUAGGACUAAGGCUAAUCCUCCAACCGAUUGUUUGCGCUCUCUCGCUAUGCUUUAAUUUAAGAUCUCAAUCUUUGUGAUACUUUAUGUUUGCCUUCUCUCAGUCGAGUCGAGUCGAGUCUAAUCGAAUUGAGUCCCAAUCCUCUCCUGCAUUUUUCCGGUGUGAAGCGUGAAGGCGUUCAGAAAAAAACAUCGAACAAGUUUUUGUAGUUCUUUAUUGGCAGUUGUAGAAAUCGUAUUAGUAGACACAGACUCAUGUGCUAGGAUCCUAUAUAGAUAUACACACAACAAACAUACAUAAUGAUACCAUGUAGUUAUCGUGUAGCUUCCGCUUCAUAUAUAUUUUGUAAUGGAACAGACAUACAUAUGCAACCAGAAACCACCAAACUUCCGAUCAUGUUACCUUUCUUUGUAGUGACAAAAAGAGUAAACACGAAGUUGCAACACCUAACUGAACUUAAACAUAAGUAAUUGAAAAUCUUUAGCUGAAUUUUGCAUCCAAUAUCGCAUUGUAUUGUAUAUUCCAAGCGUUCCAAGCACUACACGACACAUUCGCUGACACUGAGUGGUGACCCCAUGCCAGUCGACAGAAUAGGUGCCCCCAUUUAUCCCAAAUCUCAUCCUCAUUAUCAGAGUUAACCCAAUUAGGCUGUAAGUGAACUAGCGACCAUUCUUUGUGGAAUCUACACAACGGACACACGUAGAAUCUCUCUAGCGGAUAAUGUGACGUACAAUUAGGCAAUGUAACCGAUUGAUAUUAAGAGCGACAUUUUGUUGGUUUCCUUUUACCGCUUUAAACAAACAAUAAUAAUAAAGUGCAAGAUGAUUUUUUA